AUUCCGAGUGAAGGAGGAAGACGACAAGGAGGAAAUAAGGCAUUAUGGAAUUGGCAAUUGGGUUAUUGGGAUUGUUGCAUUUAAGAAUGGUAUGGCGCCAAUUUUAUGGUUGUGGCGCAUCGAGCAAAUAGUGGGCAAGCUUUAUGCGCCUCUGCUUCUUUCCCAUUCCUUUCUCGACUCCAUUUCCUCUUCCACACAUUUAUUUUCUUCCCAUUAAUACCUCCAAUUUCUCUUCUUCUCUCUCCUCUCUUCUCUCUCUCUUCUUCUUCGUUACGUUCUUUGGAUUGUUUCUCUAGCAACAACAAAACUCAUAUUGGGAUUUAGCCCUUGUUUUCGUUUAUCUGUUUGAAGUUUGUGAAACCCAGAGAAGAACGAUCAUUUUUGGUGUUUGAUCGAACGUCUUUUUGCGGUUUUCGCUGGGCUGCAAUGGCGAUUUGUAUACCUGUUGGAAGCUGCAAACUGUUUUGCAGGGCGGUAGACUUGAAGGGGCAAGGUUGUCGAAGAGCUCAAUGGGACGCUAGUGUAGCUUUCAAAAGAUGCUUGCAGGAUGAGUUCUCGAGGUCAUGUGAGUUAAGUAAGUUCUCGCAUGUAUACAGAAGCAAGGCUUCCCAACCUAUAAUUUGUAAGAAAUGGAGAACUCUGACGGCAGUAACCUCAGCGUGCUUGAGUGACGGUUCAACAAAGUAUUUUGAUUUUGUUGUUAUUGGUAGUGGAGUUGCUGGCCUUCGUUAUGCUCUUGAAGUUGCUAAGUGUGGAUCUGUUGCUGUGAUCACCAAGGCUGAGCCUCAUGAGAGCAAUACAAAUUAUGCUCAAGGUGGUGUUAGUGCUGUUCUUUGUCCUUCAGACUCUGUUGAAAGUCACGUGCAGGACACCAUCGUAGCCGGGGCUCAUCUGUGUAAUGAGGAAACAGUUAGGGUUGUAUGUACAGAAGGACCUGACAGAAUCAAAGAGCUGAUUGCUAUGGGUGCAUCAUUUGACCAUGGGGAAGAUGGUAAUUUGCAUCUAGCAAGGGAAGGGGGACACUCUCAUCGUAGAAUUGUUCAUGCUGCAGACAUGACUGGAAGGGAAAUCGAGCGGGCUCUUUUGGAGGCCGUUGUCAGGGAUCCUAAUAUUUUUGUGUUUGAGCACCAUUUUGCGAUUGAUUUGCUUACUUCUGAGGAUGGUUCUGACAUAGUUUGUGUUGGUGUUGAUACUCUGAAUGCUGAAACACUAGAGGUAACACGGUUUAUUUCAAAGGUGACUCUACUUGCCUCAGGUGGAGCUGGUCAUAUGUAUCCAUCAACGACAAAUCCGCCGGUUGCCACGGGAGACGGAAUUGCCAUGUCCCAUCGAGCUCAAGCUGUAAUUUCUAACAUGGAAUUUGUGCAGUUCCACCCAACUGCCUUAGCUGAUGAAGGCCUUCCAGUAAGAUUAGAAAAACCAAGAGAUAAUGCUUUUCUUAUAACUGAAGCCGUUAGGGGUGAUGGAGGUAUCUUGUACAAUUUAAGUAUGGAAAGAUUUAUGCCAUUGUAUGACGAGAGAGCUGAGCUCGCCCCAAGAGAUGUCGUGGCUAGAAGCAUAGAUGACCAGCUGAAAAAGCGAAAUGAGAAGUAUGUGCUCUUAGAUAUUAGUCACAAACCCAGGGAAAGUAUCCUCUCCCAUUUCCCCAAUAUUGCUGCCGAGUGCCUCAAACAUGGUUUGGACAUUACAUGCCAGCCAAUUCCGGUAGUCCCAGCUGCUCAUUACAUUUGUGGAGGAGUUCGUGCUGGGCUUCAAGGGGAGACAAAUGUGCGGGGUCUAUAUGUUGCGGGUGAGGUUGCAUGCACGGGGUUACACGGAGCCAAUCGCCUAGCUAGCAACUCAUUACUCGAAGCCCUUGUGUUUGCACGGAGGGCUGUUGAGCCCUCUGUUGAUCAUAUGAGGAACUCAAGUCUUGAUUCCAGUGCCUUGAAUAGGUGGGCUAGACCUUUUGUACCUGUGUCCCUAGGGAACGAUUUCAUGAGCAGAAUUAUAUCGAUGACCAAGGACGUAAGGAAACAGUUACAACUAAUCAUGUGGAAGUAUGUUGGAAUUGUUCGGUCAACCACCAGGCUCGAGACAGCAGAGCGGAAGAUCAGUGAGCUAGAAGCAACAUGGGAAGAGUACUUGUUUCAUCAAGGAUGGGAGCCAACGAUGGUGGGUCUAGAGGUUUGUGAAAUGAGGAACCUGUUUUGCUGCGCGAAACUGGUUGUAAGCAGCGCUCUCGCUCGGCAAGAGAGCCGUGGGCUUCAUUACACAAUCGAUUUUCCUCAUCUUGAGGAAAGUAAGAGACUUCCAACCAUCAUAUUUCCUUGUUCACCCACCAAGAGUACAUGGAGCUCAAGGCAGCUUCACUGGCAACCUGUGUAGUAUAGUAGUAAAUAGUGUCUCUGCUUCUUAUAGCAAAUCUAGUGAUGCCUAAAUAUCUAUAUUUAUAGGACAGAAUUAUAUUAUCAUUCUUUUGUGUAGUCUCAUUAGCCUAAGGCUACAUGUCUUUUAUGCAUUUUGCAGCAUUUAUUGCAUACAAGUGUUUAUGCGAAGUUAUCGUUUUGUUUCUAUUAUGUCUUUCUAACCAUAAGAUUGUUUCAGUAUUGGCUUUGAUUACAGUCAAUAUCAGUUUGGUUACUUAUUCUGAAGUGGAAAAUGAUUUCAAUCUAAA